AUGGAUGUUUUGAACUAUUGUAGCGAGUAUCUAAGAGCGAAGGAUGUCCCAGAUGCUAACGAAGCACCAAUUGAGGGCUUCAAGAAAUCUACGAAGUGGUGGAAGAAAAGACCCGGCAGCAAGAGCAAGACCAACGGCGAGCAGAAGCCCGAGACCAAGCUCGUUAAUAGUGCCAUCCAUCACCACACCGUGGCUUCUUUGAUCGCUUUCGCCCAGAUUGAAAAGUGCUAUCUAUGUCGAGAGCUUACGAAGAGUCUCCAAAGACGCUGUCCGCGAGCCUUCGAGGUUCAAAAUCUCUCGAAUUACCGCACUGAGAUCUGUUGGAAGCAAUGUUCCAAAGCUGACCAGGAGAUCACGCUCUACUUUGUUCUUGCGCAUCCGACUGCGAAGCGUGAUGUCUGGAAUCCAACGCACUACUAUCGUGCCAAACUAUGGCCGAAGCAGACCUUCGGGAAGCAUUUCGACGAUCCCAAGUCGAAUUUGCCCGCAUUGGAGUCCAUCGGCAGUGGGUCAGAGAGGUCUGUUGCACUAGCGUUACAAUGGUUGGCACGGUGUCGUGCCAAUGUGGAUGGGAAGCACACACAGUGCAAAGACCAGACCAAGAACUUCCGCCAUCCUAACCGAGUUCUCGACGUCUUUACAACGUUGUCGACAAACAGACUCAAGCUCGUAUCACCCGUAUCUGAAGUAGAUCUGUUCUCUCGGGACAGAGACUUCAUCACAUUGAGCCACUGCUGGGGGACCUGGGGAGCAGAACACAGCCCAAAACUUACAUCUCAAAAUAUCAGAAGCAGAUUCAGCAUCGGACUUGACCUAGACAAUACGCCAAAGACAUUCCGACAAGCCCUCGAAAUCGCCAACUGGUUCGGCGUCCGGUGGCUCUGGAUCGACUGCCUCUGCAUCAUCCAAGACUCCCUGGAAGACUGGCUCCUCGAAGCAAGUCUCAUGGCCGACAAUUACAAGAAUGCCCUUCUGAACAUCUCAGCCGAUGCAUUUGAUGACGCGCGCAAAGGCUGUUUUGUCGAUAGAGAUCCCUUGGACAUCACGCCUAUAGAGACUCAUGCGUCAAACCUUGACCAGAGCUGGUAUGUCAUCCCGACAGACCACCACCUUUUCGACUGGAUGGACAACGCACCCUCCUUCUCCCGCGCCUGGAUUCACCGCGAGCGCCAACUCUCCCGUAGGAUUCUCCACUUCACAGGAAAGGAGAUCGUAUGGGAAUGCUGUGGUACGGAUAAAGCCGGAUUUGCCAGUGAGAUGUUCGCGAACGGCGCUCCCUUCACUCGAACAUUCAACCGGGAGAAUAAAUUCCAGAUAUGUGAUGUCCUGAACGAAGACAUUGAUCCUACCGAUAUCCACGCGACCUGGAACGACGUAUGUGAGAACUUGUCACGCAAACGACUCACAAAAGCGACCGAUAUGCCAAUCGUACUCUCCAGCAUCGCAGAGGAAUUCGAUGCAAUCCCGCCCGCUGGAGAGGUAGAGUACGUAGGUGGCCUCUGGAAAUCCGAGUUCCCUGAGUGUCUGCUCUGGGACUCAUCAACACACUUCCGCAAGUCAGAAGAGUACAUUGCGCCUUCAUGGUCGUGGCUUUCUGUCGCUGCACCCGUGAAGCUGAAUCAUCGGGUGGUGCCGUUGCAGUGGUGGCAGGAUGCUGUCGUAAGGGUUGAGGAUAUCGAGCUGGAGUUGAAGUAUCCUAAUCAGCCAUUUGGACGGUUGGCGAGUGGGGUCUUGACGAUGGAGGGGCAUCUAAGGCGGAUUAGGUUGAGUUUCAAGGAAGGUGGAAAAGGUUCUUUCGACCUGAGCGUGUACGAUGAUCAGACUCUGCGACAUAUCGGGUCUUCUUGGGAUGACUACAUCGGCGACCUUUGCAGGAUCAGUAUGGACGACAUGAUUGACUCGAUGGAAUUCGACUACUUCUGCUUGUUCGUGACGAUUCAGCAGUGGAAGGAUGUCGAUACAUCAAGAAGCAUUGCGUGUCUGUUGCUCGAAGCUACAGAAGAAGGACACAACAAUGGCGACACAUAUCGGCGCAUCGGGACACUCGAUCUAGAAGAUCUAUAG